AUUUUAAUACUGGCUUCUCAAAGAACGAAGGAGUUGCUCUGCAGCGUUCUCGAUUAUUGGGAAUCUUUGUGAAGAAAGCUUUGGUGGCCUGGCGUAGCCGUGUAAUUACCCUGUUUCAGCUGGUGCUUCCGGGACUCUUUACGUAUUUGGCCAUGCAUGUUCAGACAGAAGGUGAUGAGGCACCGCGAGAAGAUCCCCUGACUUUGAAUAUUAUACCGUUUGGGGAAACCUACAUUCCCUUCACAGACGGGCAUGUUCAUGAUGAUCAAAGCACAUUGAUAGCAGACUUGUACAAAAGACAGUUCUGCGAUUGUCAUAAGACGGAAUACUUUAGGUUAAAUGACGAAGAGACGUUUGAUAACGUUACAGGACAGAGAGCCACGGAGAUGGGCAAAUCAGAUUACAUCAAACAGAUGAUCAUUGGUAUGGAGGUGGUCCCAUCGUCAUUGCCUCACAAAGUAGCAGCCAUUGCCUAUUACAACAGUAAACCGCUUCACUCGCAAGCUGUUUCUGUCAACUACGUGGUGAAUGCCUUGCUUCAGUCUGUCCUGAACACAUCAUUCGCCAUCAAGUCCACUAUGGUUCCACUUCCCAUUGUUGAGGGGAAAAAGAACAGUGAUAGAGGAGCUAUGUUAGUUGGCUAUAUAGUCGCCGUAUGUUUGGUUAUGGCAAUGUCUUUUAUGAUCACACUGUACAUUGCCUCACUUAUUAAGGAAAGGCAGACUGGAGCGAAACACAUGCAAAUUAUGACCGGAAUUUCUCCUGUAACUUACUGGUUGCCAACUUUUCUAUGGGACUUCCUCACUUUCUUUGUGCCUAGUAUUGCCAUUCCAGUAAUAUUCAAAGUGUACGAAAUCAGCGCCUACACACAGGACGGGAGAUUGGCGCUCGUCGUUUUGGUACUGGUUGCUUAUGGCUGGGCGGUGCUGCCGCUGAUGUAUAGCUUGCAGUUUCUGUUUAUAUCACCUCCCAGCGGUGUUGCCAUGGUGAUUAUGUACAGCUUUCUGUCAGGCGUCGUGAGCACUAUAGCUAUGACAAUACUCAAGGCUGUGGGGCCGCCACUCAAAGACACGACGGACAAGUUGGAUUUACUGUUCGCCAUAGCGUUCCCCAAUUACAAUCUGGCCUCCUGUCUCAUAAACAUAAACACGAACUACCAGAACCUCAAAGUAUGCGCGCCGCUCCAGAUAAUGUGCCAUAUUUACGGCGGUAGUUGCUGCAAAGAACGAUGUGGGGACAGGUGCACACUGUUUGAAACUAACUACCUCAGCACAAACGUUCCGGGCAUUGGAAAGUACCUGCUUUUUAUGGCCGGUCAAGGAGUGUUAUUUUUUCUGAUUGUUAUGGCAAUUGAAUAUAAAGUGAUUCAGAUGUUGUGGUACGCCCUUGUUGGAGCUGACAGUAAUGUUAAAAGUACAGACGAGAGCAACGAGGACAGUGAUGUUGCAGCUGAAAGAGAGCGUAUCAAUUCCACUCCAAUCUCAACUCUGACAUCUACAGAUCCACUGGUGCUUAUAAACCUGUAUAAAAAAUACUACGAUUUCGUCGCUGUGGAUCACACUUGUGUGGGCAUCAAAGAACGAGAAUGUUUUGGUCUGCUGGGUCAGAACGGCGCAGGAAAAACCACCAUUUUCAAAAUGAUCACCGGUGAUAUCAUGCUCAGUGGAGGCAACGCCUACCUCAAAGGUUUUGAUGUCCGAAAGGAUAUCAAGCAGGUCCAAACCAACAUGGGCUACUGUCCACAGUUCGAUCCUCUCAUUGAUGUGUUGACCGGACGAGAGACGCUCACAAUGUACGCACGCCUGCGAGGGAUACCAGAAGACAGCAUAAAUCGAGUGGUGAAAUCCCUGGCGGAGUUCCUCAUGUUUAGCGAAUAUCUGAAUGAUAAGUGCGGCAAUUACAG